AUUGUGUAAGUGCGACUGCAGCUGGGCGCGCGGGCCGCGGAAGGGGGCGGCCGUCUCUCGCUCCCCAGGUUCCCGGAUGGUGACGGGUUCGCGGAGAGAGGCGGCAGGGGCAACCCCUCGGACCUCAUAGCGGCCCGCGCGCGCCGGUUUCCGGGGGCCCCCGCCCCCGGCGGCGCUGUAGGCGAGCCGUGGCGGUUCCCCAACGCCGUGUGCUGCGCCGCAGCUCAGCUGGCUCCUGAGUCCCGGAGCGCGCCGCUGCCGAGUGCCAGAGGCCAAUAAUCCGUUAUGGAGCAUGCCUUUACCCCGUUGGAGCCCCUGCUUUCCACUGGGAAUUUGAAGUACUGCCUUGUAAUUCUUAAUCAGCCUUUGGACAACUAUUUUCGUCAUCUUUGGAACAAAGCUCUUUUAAGAGCCUGUGCCGAUGGAGGUGCCAACCGCUUAUAUGAUAUCACCGAAGGAGAGAGAGAAAGCUUUUUGCCUGAAUUCAUCAAUGGAGACUUUGAUUCUAUUAGGCCUGAAGUCAGAGAAUACUAUGCUACUAAGGGAUGUGAGCUCAUUUCAACUCCUGAUCAAGACCACACUGACUUUACUAAGUGCCUUGAAAUGCUCCAAAAGAAGAUAGAAGAAAAAGACUUAAAGGUUGAUGUGAUCGUGACACUAGGAGGCCUUGCUGGGCGUUUUGACCAGAUUAUGGCAUCUGUGAAUACCUUGUUCCAAGCGACUCACAUCACUCCUUUUCCAAUUAUAAUAAUCCAAGAGGAAUCGCUGAUCUACCUGCUCCAACCAGGAAAGCACAGAUUGCAUGUAGACACUGGAAUGGAGGGUGAUUGGUGUGGCCUUAUUCCUGUUGGAAAGCCUUGUAUGCAGGUUACAACCACAGGCCUCAAGUGGAACCUCACAAAUGAUGUGCUUGCUUUUGGAACAUUAGUCAGUACUUCCAAUACCUACGACGGGUCUGGUGUUGUGACUGUGGAAACUGACCACCCACUCCUCUGGACCAUGGCCAUCAAAAACUAACCUGUCGACUGGCAUCCAUAAGUGUGCCUCUGCCUUAUCUCAUUUCUCAAUGGUUCAUUGCUCAACAAGAACGAUUCACCUGGGUUUGCAAGAAUCUAAACCUCUCUAGGGGAAGCCCACUGGGUUUAAAGAUGUUAGCGUUUAGAUAAUACAGGUAACAUUAUAAAUGACAGAUCUCAAUUUUAUAGUAGUGGGAAAGAUACAUGCUAAGAAAGCAAAUAAGCUCCAUUAUAUUUGGUUGGAACCUAAUGGGAAUCAUUCCACUAUACAAUUCAGUACUGAUUAUUCUUCUUAUGUUAUUAAUCAUUCCAUUUAUCCUAGAAAAUUGUUUUUAAUUUGAAGCAGAGAAAACUGUUGAGGUUCCUCUUGGAGUCUAGAACAUCCUUAAAUGUCUAACAACAAGGGCUACCUCUGAGUACCUUUUAGUAUUAGUUUUCUGUAUAUGAUAUAUCUUAUACUGAAAAAAAUUCCUUUCAGAUUGGGGUGGUAGAAGUGCACCAGGUCACUCUGACCUUAUUACUGUCUUUGGUAUUGUCUUUUUUAAAUAAAUCAAGAAUCAUUGACCUAAUUGUUAAAUUUAAAAAUAGGUAGUUAUAUAAGCAAUAGGUGAAAAGAGAAAUGAUGUGAAAGAUAAGUGAUGAUUCAUGGAGCCCUAUUCACACAUUAACCCCCAAAUUCAAAAGUAAGAAUGCAAAAGUCUAGAGGGGGUGACAGUCCUCAUCAUCAUCACAACCUAAAUGGAAAAAGCUGUGCAGAGGAAACUUAAGCAUAAAAAUUGAAUUCGUUUCUGACAUACCUUAGACUGAAAAACUGUUGGUUCAUCCAGAAGUAUAUUCGUAUUACCAGAAAAUGAGUUUGUCUGUGGGGAUACAUGAACUUCAUAUACUAAGGAGCGUAACUCCAAAGCCUGUGUUCUCAUCCCAGUCUGAUAUUCACCUAAGUUUCCGGACCCUUUUCCUUAGCUGUAAAAUGGAAGCGGUUGGACUGAUGGUGUCUGAGGUUCUUUCCCACACCGAAAUUCUAAAUAUUGACACUUAGCAGUCAUAGGGCUGAUAAUACACACAGUUACUGACUUAGCCUAAACAACCUGGUGCAUCGAAAUGUAUUCAUCUUUCUUUUGUAAAGAGACCAUCUUCUAUCUUCUUUCCACCUUUCUCUAUCUGUUUUAUGAAACCAACUGUUGACAUACAAACCAUGAUUGAAGGAGAUCCUGUCCAACAUGUUUUAUGUACACAAAUCCCUAUGUUGCUAUAAGAAAAGUGACAGUAACUGUUUUCUUCUUGGUGCUAUGACAGUGUGAGACUCAGGUUGUCUGUAGAGAAUGAAGGGAGCAGUGGCCCACGUGACUGUGGCAUUUAAGGAGCAGUGGCCCAUGUGACUGUGGCAUUUAAGGAGCAGUGGCCCACGUGACUGUAGCAUUUUCGGCACUUUUCAUUACUUUCUGCUUGACCGGAAGUUGAGGCUUAGCUAUGUUUCCAUCUUCAGUUUCUGAAGACUAGUUAUAUAGUCCUUACUAGAAAUAUAUUCAUAAUAUAUAAAAGAAAUAUAUCUAUGAUUUUAAAAUUUUGCUACCAAAGAAUGCAUGUUCUGUUUGCCCUAAAAAUGUUACCAGUGUUAAUAAAUGGAUACUUAUCAAAAAA